CUGCCCCUGUCACUGAUGACGCGCGCGGCUCAUUUCCGGCGACCGCAAUCUGUUGUUGAAUGUACCGUUCUGUCCAGAUUCGGGAUGGUACUCGUCAAGCAAUACCAGGUGCUGUUGCCAUGUUCAGUAGAAGAGUACCAGGUUGGCCAACUGUACUCGGUUGCAGAGGCCAGUAAGAACAACACAGGUGGAGGAGAAGGGAUUGAGGUCCUCCGAAAUGAACCUUACGAGAAGGAUGGCGAGAAGGGCCAGUACACCCACAAGAUCUACCACAUACACAGCAAGGUUCCCGGUUUUAUUCAGAUGUUUGCCCCUGAAGGAGCCCUGGUGUUUCAUGAGAAGGCCUGGAACGCCUACCCAUACUGUCGCACUAUUGUUACAAAUGAGUACAUGAAAGAUGAUUUCUUCAUUAAGAUUGAAACCUGGCAUAAACCAGACAUAGGAACAACUGAGAAUCCUCAUGGUCUUCCUCCUGAGGAAUGGGAGGACAUUGAGAUUGUGCCGAUCGAUAUAGCUGAUCGCUCUCAGGUGGAUGAUGUGGACUACAAACCAGAAGAGGACCCCGCCGUCUACCACUCGGAGAAAACUGGGAGAGGACCUUUAGGACCUGAAUGGAAGAAAGAGCUUCAUAAUGGUAACUGUCCCUAUAUGACCGCGUAUAAGCUGGUGACGGUUCAUUUUCGCUGGUGGGGUCUGCAGGGACGUGUGGAGAACUUCAUUCAUAAGCAGGAGAAAAGGCUCUUCACUAAUUUCCACCGGCAGCUCUUUUGUUGGCUGGACCGCUGGGUGGACCUCACUAUGGAUGACAUUCGUAGGAUGGAGGAAGAGACGCAGAGGGAGCUGGACCAGAUGCGUAGCCAAGGGUCUGUGCGAGGGAUGAAAGCUGGCGAGGACUAGGGAGCGUCUAAAGAAUAGAAGAAACAAAAUAGGGGCUACUUUUUAUUUGACCUCCUCCAGUCCUCAUGGCCAAUCACAACGUGCCGCAUAAUGAAGCCCUUCCAAACAGGAAACUGUCAUCCCUUACCCAGGACGUGUCCAUUACCAUGAGUGUGAAUGCGUUUGUGCGAAUGAGCAGAGUAUGCAUGUGUAUCAGUGGUUUGUGCAGUCUGACUUUAAACCUCAUCAUUUGCUGCCAAAUUCUUUUGGAUUCACUGUUAAGUGAUACCGGCAUUUCUUUUUAUAAUUAAGUAUUAUAACUGUUUAAUGGUUUUUGGUUCAUUUUGCAACCAUCAGCUUUUUACUGAGUGCGCCAGUGGAGUAACGAAUCCCAAGCCCGUUUCGCCAAGAGACUGGGGAAACAUUUCACUACAUGUAUUUUGACCAUAAAUAAAUGACUAAGUAAUUUA